CUUGGAAUACUCUGCAUAAUGACAAACUUUGAUCUGACCCUGUAAACCGUAUGCUCGCACGAAAAUGGCCGAAUAUUUGGCGUCGAUUUUCGGCACAGAAAAAGAUAAAGUAAACUGUUCCUUUUACUUCAAGAUCGGAGCAUGUCGACACGGAGAAAGAUGUUCACGUCUACAUAACAAACCCACAUUUAGUCAGACCGUACUGAUACAGAAUCUGUACCUGAACCCACAGAAUGCUGCCCUUACAGCUGAUGGCUCUCACAUCCAAAUGGAUGAGUUAGCUAUACAGCAGCACUAUGAUGAGUUCUUUGAAGAAGUCUAUGUAGAAAUGGAGAAGUAUGGUGAAAUCGAAGAAAUGAACGUCUGUGACAACCUUGGAGAUCACCUGGUGGGGAACGUCUACGUAAAGUACCGCUAUGAAGAGGAUGCUGAGAAGGGAAUGAAUGACUUGAACAACCGUUGGUUCAAUGGUAGGCCUGUGCAUUCAGAGUUAUCUCCCGUCACAGACUUUCGGGAGGCAUGCUGUCGACAGUACGAGAUGGGAGAAUGCACCCGAGGGGGAUUCUGCAACUUCAUGCACUUGAAGCCAAUAUCGAGGGAGCUCAGACGUGAACUGUAUGGCCGAAGCAGGAAGAAGAGAAGGUCAAGGUCAAGGUCACCACCUACACGGGGCCGUAGCAGGAGCCGAGAGCGAAAGAGGUCACGUAGUCGUGAGAGGAAUAGGUCCGCAUCUCCUCGUGGGGGCCGAGAACGUCGGGGCAGAAAGGAGCGAGACGGUCGUCAGGGACGAUACUAAACAACAGAUGACGAAUUGUUGUACCAACUUUUCUACGUACCAUUGUUUUUACCUUUUGUCCAUCAAGUGAACAUUCAUCGACAUCAUACACUCAAAUGGACAUUAAAUUCAUUGUCGGUGGAGUUUCUUUAUCAUAGAAAACUGUGUGAUAUAGUGGAAAACACCUGAGAUAGGUUUCUCAGAUUGAUGAUGGACCCAAGUUGAAACUACAUAGUUCAAUUUUCAUCACCAUAAAGGGCUGUUCUGCAGACAGUAAAAAAAAGUACUCUGCUGAACUCUUGACAACUUCAGUUGUACCGUUUGAUAUUUGUAGGUCACACAUUAUCAAUAUCCGUUAAUACAUUAUCAUGACAUUGAGUAAUGCACACCUUUGCGUUUUGAAUACAGAUUUUAUUUACGAUUAUUUUGCGAGUUCGGUAUCUCAGAACUGGAUUGGUGUCGCGCAGAUCGUUUUUAUUUUUCAACUUAACUCAUCAAUAUCAAUGUCACUUGUGUUUUGUUUCAUCAUGGAAGUGAAAUAAAAUUUAUUCAGCUACAAUUAAUUUCU